AUGGAAAAUCCAGUAGCAGAUGAUCUCGUGGAGUUCUUGAAUGCCUCCCCAACAGCUUUUCACGCAGUGGAUGAAGCCAAGAAGAGACUGAGAAGUGCCGGGUAUGAGCAAGUAUCAGAGAGGGAUGACUGGAAACUCGAAGCUGGCAAGAAAUAUUUCUUCACCAGGAAUCACUCGACAAUUGUUGCUUUUGCUAUUGGUAGAAAAUACACUGCUGGGAAUGGGGUUUACAUCAUUGGCGCCCAUACUGACAGUCCAUGUUUAAAGCUGAAGCCCAUUACAAAGGUUACAAAAGGUGGGUAUCUUGAAGUUGGCGUGCAACCUUAUGGAGGUGGGCUGUGGCACACGUGGUUCGAUCGCGACCUGGCCAUUGCUGGAAGAGUGAUAGUUAGAGAGAAGAAAGACGAGUUGGAGUCAUUCUCUCACCAGCUUGUCAGAAUUGAGGAGCCUAUUAUGCGGGUCCCGACUUUGGCGAUCCACUUGGACAGAGAGGUAAAUGAUGGUUUUAAGGUUAACAAACAAACUCACCUUGCUCCGGUGUUGGCUACAUCAGUUAAGGCGGAGCUGAAUAAACAAGCUGCCGGGGAUUGUUCCAUUGAAAGUGGGUCGACUGCAGGGAAGAAAGCUGAUGGAAGGACAACUAACAACCAAAAGCACCAUCCCCUUCUUCUGCAACUAAUUGCCACUCAGCUUGGGUGCGAACCGGGUGCAAUAUGUGAUUUCGAGUUGCAAGCGUGUGAUACCCAGAAAAGUGUCAUAGGUGGGGCCUUGAAGGAGUUUGUUUUAUCUGGAAGAUUAGAUAACCUAUGUAUGUCGUUUUGCUCUUUGAAGGCACUGAUAGAUUCAACUUCCGCUGAAAAAAGUCUGGAGGACGAGAGUGGGAUAAGAAUGGUGGCUUUGUUUGAUCACGAGGAGGUUGGAUCUAACUCCGCACAAGGAGCUGGCUCCCCUGUUAUGUUGGAUGCCUUAUCACGUAUUACUUCUUCAUUCAGUUCGGAUACAAAGCUGCUACCGAAAGCAAUUCAGAAGAGUUAUCUAGUAUCAGCUGAUAUGGCUCAUGCCUUGCAUCCGAAUUAUAUGGACAAACAUGAAGAGAACCAUCAGCCCAAGAUGCAUGGUGGACUCGUCAUCAAACACAAUGCAAACCAAAGAUACGCAACCAAUGCAGUAACUUCUUUCUUGUUCAGGGAGAUUGCAGCUAAUCACAAACUCCCUGUACAGGAAUUUGUGGUUCGCAAUGACAUGGGUUGUGGCUCGACAAUCGGGCCCAUCUUGGCGAGUGGUGUGGGCAUUCGCACGGUUGAUGUUGGGGCCCCACAACUGUCGAUGCAUAGCAUAAGAGAAAUGUGUGCGGUUGAUGACGUGAAGCAUUCUUACGAGCAUUUCAAGGCCUUCUUCCAAGACUUCUCACAUUUGGAUGCCAAACUCACUGUCGACAUUUAA